AUGAGCGACAGAUGGAGGCUUGGCGAGCGUUUUGAUGGAACCGUCGACGACGCUCCAAUGCCCUCACAGCACCCGAACGAUGCGGCAAUAGCAUCUAAGACGCCGCUACACCUCGUCAACAUGGUUGUACAGCAGCACGUGUUGAACUGGCUCUACAGCGUCCUGACCAGCGCAUUAUCGCAGUAUCCUUCGCUCUCGUCCCGCACCGAUGUCUAUACGUUUCCGACGGGCGCCUCUGCUUUGCUCUUGCAUCUCUCGGGAACAAUACCUGUCCUGUUCCGCGGUACGACGUACCGAUUCCCCAUAUCGCUAUGGGUGCCACAUGCCUAUCCCCGCGAUGCCCCCCUGGUCUACGUGACCCCGACCGAUAGCAUGGUGGUGCGGCCCGGCCAGCACGUCGAUCCCCAGGGUCAGGUCUAUCAUCCAUAUGUCGUCGGAUGGUCUACAUUCUGGGAUUUUCCGAAACUCCGUUUCUCGCCCGCCAAGAUGCCGCAAGGCCACCCCCGCCACCUCCGAAACCUGGCCAGCCUGUCGGUGUCCAACAACCGCAUUCCUCGCCGCCAUCGCAGUCAGCCGGCCCUCCAGUUCCUCCACUGCCACCGGGAUAUGGCCGGGCGCCCAAUCACUCAGACCCUGCCUCCCCAGCCACAACCUCCUCCGCCUCCACCCCCUCCCGAUCUUAUAGACGACGACCUAACCCUCACAAUACCCCCGACGUCGUCGGUCUCACCCCCGCCUAUUCCCCCGAACCCCGAGAAGGAUGCGCUCCUCCACCAGCUCGCCCGGACACUCUACGACAUGCGGCAGAACGCGCGCGCCCAAAACGAUGCCUCUCUCCUCGGUCUUCAAGCCCAACGAAACGCAAUGAUAGCAGCCGCCAACAACCUCCAGAGCGAGUCGGCCCAGCUCGGCCAGCUCUCCACCGACAGUCUGCGCAAGGCCGACGCCAUCAUCGAGAGCUCGGCGCGCCACCCCGAGGCCAACAUCGACGAGCUGCUCGUCCCCCCCACCGUCGUCGGUAACCAGCUCUACGAGGUCGUGGCUGAGGAGCGCUCCCCCGCUGACGCCAUCUUUGUCCUUGGUCGCGCCGUCGAGCGCGGCCGUAUCGCCCCGGCCACGUUUGCCAAGACGACGCGUAGCUUGGCGCGGGAAUGGUAUUUGAAGAAGGCGCUUGAGCGUAAGAUUGGGCAGGGCAUGGGGCUUGAGGCGGCGUGA